GCGGGGAGGGAGAGGGAGGGGUGGCCGCUUUAUGGGCAUCGGUAUAGGUUCUUUUUGAAGGAUGCUGUGGAGGAUGUGCCGGAGUAUGUCGUGCAGUGGGGGCCGUUUGUCCGGCUUGCGGCGGAGUACGGCCUGCACCCGAUCUACAAGCGCGAGUUCCACGACGUGUUUGACGAGUUUAGGGAGCACGCCGAGUUCGAGCCGCUGUUGCAGCGGAUGAAGGUCGUCGAUCAGAAUGGGGAGACGGAUAUGGAUGAGGAUCAGUGGGAGGCGGCGAAUAUCUAUGUGAUGUUCGCGCUGGAGAAACGCGAGGGCGGGACGCGCUCUUGA